AUGGCGCCGUCCAGGCACGCGGACGAGGGCGGGCAGCUCCAGCUCAUGGACGCCGACAGGGUCGAGGACGAGGAGGAGUGCUUCGAGUCCAUCGACAAGCUGAUUUCUCAGGGGAUAAAUGCAGGAGACGUGAAGAAGCUGCAGGAUGCAGGGAUUUACACUUGCAAUGGCCUAAUGAUGCAUACUAAGAAGAACCUUACAGGAAUCAAAGGUUUAUCCGAAGCAAAAGUUGAUAAGAUCUGCGAGGCAGCUGAAAAACUUCUGAACCAGGGCUUCAUGACAGGAACUGAUCUCCUUCUUAAGCGGAAGUCUGUUGUUCGGAUUACAACUGGGAGCCAGGCACUUGAUGAGCUGCUUGGCGGAGGGAUUGAAACACUUUGCAUCACAGAGGCAUUCGGGGAGUUCCGGUCAGGGAAGACCCAGUUGGCUCAUACUCUAUGUGUCUCCACUCAGCUUCCAAUCCACAUGCAUGGGGGGAAUGGGAAGGUUGCCUACAUUGACACUGAGGGAACAUUCCGACCUGAAAGCAUUGUGCCAAUUGCUGAGAAAUUUGGGAUGGAUGUCAAUGCUGUUCUUGACAAUAUCAUAUAUGCUCGUGCAUACACCUAUGAGCACCAGUACAACUUGCUCCUGGGCCUUGCUGCCAUGAUGGCUGAAGAACCUUUCAGGCUUCUGAUUGUGGAUUCUGUGAUUGCACUGUUUCGUGUUGAUUUCAGUGGAAGGGGUGAACUUGCAGAGCGUCAGAUAUUCUCGUCAAUUCAUUUAGAUGGCAGUUGGCACCUCAUUGCUGAGGAGUUCAAUGUUGCAGUGUACAUCACCAACCAAGUGAUUGCUGAUCCAGGUGGUGGUAUGUUCAUAACUGAUCCAAAGAAACCAGCAGGCGGCCAUGUGUUGGCGCAUGCUGCCACCAUCAGAUUGAUGCUGAGGAAAGGCAAAGGCGAGCAACGUGUCUGCAAGAUCUUCGAUGCCCCUAACCUUCCUGAAGGAGAAGCUAUAUCCUUUUGCUUCGAUGGUCCAUGUUUACUGCUUGUGCUAACGAUCACCUUACUUUCACAGCUCGCUAAAAUUUAG